CAUUGUGAUGUGACACAACUGUCAGAAAAAGGAACAUCUGCAAUGCUACUGUAAAUCAACCAACUCUCUCCAAAGCAUGCUAAACACCAUUUGUUCUUGCUUAAAAGUGCCAGAAAUAAAAAUGAACACAUGCAUAAUUAAGUACUGAACUGCUACAGCUUGUAUGACUAAGCCCAAAGUUUGCAUGGGACUAGUACUGUAUUACUAGGUGACCUUACGUGUUAUAGAAAUACCCCCACUCACACACACACACACCUGCGUUCGAACGCAUUCGCACAGAAUAAACGAAGUCUGUAUUUUACUUGAAUUUACUGACAUUAUUCUCGGGAUAUGAUGCUAUGGUGUCACGACUCUGCAUAACAUCCUGAACAACAAGAGUAAUGAGCUUCCUGAACGUGCACGCAAAUGGUAAUUAGAUGACCUGUGCAAUUACAAAUUACUAGAGGUUACAUUAGGCAAUAUUUCAAACUGCUAAAGUUUCAUUAAUGCCAAUUUUUAUGUCUAAUUGUCAGGUUCAAGAAAUUUAAAACUGCAGUAACAUAUUUUCGCCACUUGGAGGCAGCGGAAACACAACCGUGACUUGUCAGUGGUUAAAUGCUCCACUGUGUUUACCAGCUAGUGGCUAACUGUCUGCAGUUUAGUGCUGAACAGGUAGUGAACAAUGGAUUGGAGUGUUUUCACUGGAAAGCAGCUUCCUGCUGUAAUAAUACACCUGCUUGCAAUGAAGCAUACAGUUGAUCUCUUUAAGGUUUAUGUCCUGGACACAAUUCCAGGGAAAAGCAAACAAUGACAAUCUCAUCUCAUACCCAAUAGUAAUUAAAGCCAGAUGUCAAAUGGAAUGUUAAAAAUUAACAGGUCAUCUUUAAACCACAUAAAAGCAGUCGGAGGGAUCACCUCAAUCAGCGUUUCGGUGACUGAACGACUUUGAAUCAACUCGGAAGAUGAAUUUCAGCACCUUGUUGUUUGUUUCGCUGUUCUGUGGCCUGAUUUUGGCCCAGGAUGGUGUCAAUGCUCCUGAAACGGGAAAAAUCAGUAAAAGACACCAAUGCUUUCCUGACAUGUGCAAGGUCCUGCAAGAGUUUCAUGCUAUGAAACAAAAACUGGGAGUUUUGGAAACCAGGCUGAAGAACAGUGAAAACCAGAUCCUUGAACUGCAGAACAUAGAAAGAACCAAGGUCAUAUUCAGCGCAGCAACAGGUGGGAAUGGAGCCCUCGGACCCUUCAACACAGACACAACUUUAGUCUACAGAGCAGUAAAAACCAACAUCGGCAAAGCUUACAAUCAAGCCACAGGUAUCUUCACUGCACCUGUCAAAGGCAUUUACUACUUCACUUUCUUCUAUCAUGCUGGAGGAGCUCAACCUGCGCGUCUAUUCCUCAUGAGGAACAAACAGAUAGUUGCAGCGACCUCUGACCACAGUACAUCCUAUGAUGGGGCUGAUAAUGGAGGCAAUGCCGUGUUCUUGCAGCUGCAGCGAGGGGACCAUGUGUAUGUGCGCUUGUGCGCACAUACACAUGUUUGGCAAAAUGAUGCAAUCACCACCUUCAGUGGUUUUCUGGUCGGUCAGGUUUGAAAACCAGUGAAUAAAGAUAUGAUUCGUUCAUUACAGUUGCACUUUUAACUCAUCUGAAAUGAUCUACGUAUUUUAAAAUUCUAUAAUGAGUUGAUUUUAAUUUCUUCAAAUUAUUACAACCUGUCUAAAAGCUACUGCCGCUUACAAUUUGGAUGUGUACAAUGCAAUAGAUUUGGGAUUUUCAGACUGGAAAGCUACAUCAGAAUCAGUAAUAACACCUCAUCUCUGAGCCAAUUGUUUAUCUAAUUUUGUCUUAAACAAAUCAAUUAAUUGAUUACAACUCUGUAUCUCAUCAAAGAAGCAUUUCUCUGUUCAUCUGACUUUCUUUGUGUGUGUUUUUAAUUAAAUCUCAAAAAUGAGAAUCCAAAAGCGGUGUGCAGACCAUGUGGGUUGCUAUCUUUUGAUUAAACCAAUAAAAUUUCUUCAUUCAUGCAACGUAUUUGCAUCAUUUACAAUAUGAAUUAAAAAAUGUCUCAGAUACAGUACAGAAAUGGAACAAGCAAUUACUAACAUGCUGAAAGUAGGAUAUGAGUAUUGUUUCAAUGUAAAUAAAAGCUAA